CGUAUCGCCAGCGCCGUGAGGGCAGUGGUCAAUGCGCGCUUCAUCAUCACCCCACACCGAGCAGUGCUGAGCCGGGUUCUGAGCGCAGACAUGAGCGGGAGAGUGGGGGAUCUGAGCCCGCGACAGGCCGAGGCGCUGGAGCAGUUUCGAGAGAGAAUCCAGGACAUCCUGUCCUGCCUUCCCGCCCAGCAUGACCACUUCCUGUUACGCUGGCUGCGAGCCAGAAACUUCAGUGUUCAGAAGUCUGAGGCCAUGCUGCGAAAGCAUCUGGAUUUCAGAAGGCAAAUGGGUGUAGACGUUAUUCUCACAGAGUGGCGCCCCCCCGAGGUGAUAGAGAAGUAUCUGUCUGGAGGCAUGUGUGGCUACGACCGCGAGGGCAGCCCGGUGUGGUACGAUGUGAUCGGCCCCAUGGACCCCAAGGGCCUCUUCCUGUCUGCCUCAAAACAGGACUUCAUCAGGUCCAAGAUCCGCGAUUGUGAGCAGCUGCAGCAAGAGUGCGACCGGCAGUCUGAGAGACUCAACAGAAACGUGGAGUCCAUCACUAUGAUCUAUGAUGUGGAGGGUCUGGGGCUGAAGCAUCUAUGGAAACCAGCCAUAGAAACAUAUGGAGAGAUCCUGCAGAUGUUUGAGGACAACUACCCAGAGGGUCUGAAGCGUCUGUUCGUCAUCAAAGCGCCCAAGCUCUUCCCUGUGGCCUACAACCUGGUUAAACACUUCCUGAGCGAGAACACGCGUCACAAGAUCCACAUCCUCGGAGCAAAUUGGCAGGAAGUGCUGCUGAAAUACAUUGAUGUAGAAGAGCUCCCUGCCAUCUACGGAGGCACGAGGACGGACCCUGACGGAGACCCCCGUUGCCGCACAUGGAUUAACCACGUGGGCCCUGUGCCACGCUCCUACUACGUCAGAGACCAUGUGAAGGUGGAGUACGAGCAGAGCCUGAGUGUGAGCCGCCGCUCCACACGACAGCUUGACUACGACAUCCUGCUGCCCGGCUGUGUGCUCAGGUGGCAGUUUUGCAGUGACAGUGGUGACAUUGGCUUUGGUGUCUUCCUGAAGAGUCAAAAGGCUGAUCGUCAGAAAGCAUCCCAGAUGAGGGAAGUGGUGGUCAGCCAGCGCUACAAUGCCCACCUGGUGCCCGAGGAUGGAUCUCUGACGUGUGAAGUGCCUGGAGUCUAUGUUUUGCGCUUCGACAACACCUAUAGCCUCCUGCAGCCCAAAACCAUCCGUCUCACUGUUGAAGUUCUACUUCCAGACAACUGCCCCGGCCCAUGAGCAACGCAUCUGAUAAACCCUCAACCCACUGUGCCUCAGAAGGAAAGCGAUGAAUGUGCCCCAUGUGUCUGAUGCCUUACUCCACUCAUGUUUGCACACUAGUACACUCAGUCACUCUUCCACUGUCUAUCUCUGUUAUGACUGUGCCUGUCAGUGUUAGGAAGGUUACUUUUAAAAUGUAUUCCCCUACAGAUUACAGAUUACAUACCCCAAAAUGUAGUUUGUAACGUAAUCCAUUAAAUUUCUUAAGGUGAGUAACGUAAUCUGAAUACUUUGGAUUACUUGAUAUCGUCACACUUUUUAAAAUGACAUGAAUGUAACAACCACAUCCUGAAAAUUGUUUUUUGUUCUCUUCAAACUGUCUGUUGAGCCCAAAUCUCCAUGAACAGGUAACUGUUUGCUGUAGAGAAGCAAAGUCUAGAAUAUUUUAACAUAAGAUGUUUUGUCUGUUAAAAGAAAAAUAAAAAGCCCAGUCUUUACUUAA